UGGCUGAUGCCACGUUUAGUUCUCGUCACAAGCACAAAUUUUAAAUUAUAUCUUUCAUAAUUCAACAUAACAGCUCAGAAAUAUGAAGUCAAAUACAAGCUAGUUUACGCAAUUCAUCUUCCCUUUUUUAUAUGUAAGCUAUGAUCUGUGUACUAUCAUUGCAGAGCAUAAAUCUCAAAGUUUCAGAUAACAACAUCUGAUUCAGUGUUUAAAAAAAAAAAUCAGAAAACAAUGGGGAAAGGAGGCGGGUGUGUACCUAGCAAGAAGAAGGUGCCUGUUUCUGAUUCGAAGAAGAACGAUCCUGUUUCAGAGAGCAUCGAAACCCAAUCGCGAACAACGGAAACGACAACAAUCGCAGUCCGAGAAGCACCAGUCGAAGCAGAUGCGAAGAAGCUGAGGGUUUUCAUAGUGUAUUACUCAAUGUACGGUCAUGUUGAGUCACUGGCGCGGGAAAUAAAGAAAGGCGUGGAUUCGGUGGAAGGAGUGGAAGGGGUGCUGUACCGAGUGGCGGAGACGCUGCCGAAGGAGGUGCUAGAGAUGAUGAAGGCGCCACCGAAGGACGACAACGUGCCGGUGAUAACGGCGGAGAACUUGGUGGAGGCGGAUGGGGUGGUAUUCGGAUUUCCAACAAGGUUUGGGAGCAUGGCGGCGCAGAUGAAGGCGUUCUUCGAUUCGACGGGUCAGUUGUGGAGGGAGCAGAAACUGGCGGGAAAGCCUGCGGGCUUCUUUGUGAGUACCGGCACCCAGGGCGGUGGCCAAGAAACGACAGCGUGGACAGCAAUCACGCAAUUAGUGCACCAUGGGAUGAUAUACGUUCCAGUGGGAUAUACAAUGGGAGCUGGAAUGUUUGAAAUGGAAUCAGUGAAAGGAGGGUCUCCCUAUGGUGCUGGAGUUUUCGCAGGAGAUGGAACCAGACAAGCUACUGACAAAGAGCUUGCUCUUGCUCACCAUCAGGGCAAGCAUAUGGCUACAACUGUCAAGAAAUUGGCUCCCUCUUCCUAAAUUAAUUUGUUUGUACUCUCAAAUUAAAAAUUCAUAUUCCAAUCAUGUUUUAUUAAUUGGUUUUGUUGAAAUGUGGUGUCCAUUUGUUGCUCUAUGCUGAGGCUGAGGGAAAAAUUGAUGUACACUUUGUAAACUUUAUCUGUAUGAAUUAUGUAUUCUUUGAGGUUAUCAUUUCAUUUGUCAACAGGUUAAGUUUGGGUUUGGGUUCAAUUUAUUGAAUUUACAGUUAUCUUCA